AUGAGUUCUGAACGACGAUUUCCAUGGCAAAAAAUUGUUUCUUUUUUUCUACCAUCAAAUCAUCUUCAACGUUAUCAACUCUAUGCAAAUCAAAAUUAUUUACAAUUACCGGUAGAAACAAUCUCACCAUUAGAAAGAAAUACACUUGCAUGUGAAUCGGGUCCGGAUGUUGGUCUAGUUGAUAUUGCUCGUCAUCAAAAAAAAGGAAUUUUAAAAGUAAAUAAUUCUAUAAAAGUUGCUGGCCAAUUUAAUUGGCAAAUACCGAAUGAACAAUUUGCUUGUGGCCUUUCAACAUCUCUCUAUGAUCAUAAUCCAGUAACUGGAGAAGUGAAUGGUGAACCAGUUGCUGAUUGUUUUGGAAUAUGUGCUCAAGAAAAUAAUGCUAUUUUAAUGAUUGCUGAUGGUGUAAAUUGGGGUUAUAAAGCUCGACUAGCAGCACGAUGUGCAAUACAUGGUGCAAUGGCUUGUCUUAAUCAACAAUUAUUUGAAAAGAAAUUAACUACUACAAAAGAUGUUUUCGAACGAAUAAAAGCAGCAAUAGAUGCAGCUCAAGAAUUAAUAUUUAAAAGUGAAGGUUCAUUAACAACACUAACUAUAAGUAUUGUUUGUCCAUCAAAUCGUCGUUGGUUAGUUUGUUCAGCUAUUGUUGGUGAUUCAAAUGCUUAUGUCUAUAGUCGAAAACAGAAAUCCGUUUAUGAAUUAACACAAGGAUCUCGAGAUUUAAAUAAUGAACGUGAUAUGCGUUCACCAGGUGGUGCUCUAGGAACAACAAUGGAUGAAAAAGCUGAUCUUACUAAUCUUACAUAUUCAAUAAUGGAAAUCGAACAAGGUGAUUUUGUAUUUUUAACAACAGAUGGUAUUAGUGAUAAUUAUGAUCCUUGUGUAAGUGGUACUGCUGCUAGUAUUAAAACACCAUUACUUGCUCGAAAAUCAAGUAGUGCAAUAACACAUAUACCACCGAUGUUAAUGACAGCUUAUGAAAGACAUUUAAGUAGUCUUAAACAAAUGUAUUUAUCUAUUGCUGAUAAUGGAGAAGAAUUAACUGCACUUGAUAUAUGCAAUCGUUUAUUACAAUAUGUUAUACGAUUAACAGAUGAACAAAGACAAAUCAUUGAAAAAGGUGUUCGUGAAAAUGAAGGUGUUGAAGGUUUAGAACGUAAUAAAUUUGAAAUGGAAAUGCGAAAAGUAGUUGGAACAAUACCUGGGAAAUUAGAUCAUGCAUCAAUCGUAACUUACCAAGUCAGAUGA